AAUCAUUUAGCCACAGCUCACUGCAACGAGCAGCUGGACAAUUUAGAUCCUUACUUUUUAAAUACUUUCGUCAGGGUGUUUCACUUCCUGCAAUUUAAUUCAGCCAUAACGUUAAAAAAAAAAAAUACGCGUUGUUUUACUCCCAGUGUUCCCAACAGCUCCACUUCCUGAAACACCUGUUUGUCAGGUAGGAUAGUCUGCAGCCGACACGGAGACUCUGAGUCAUGAAAACAUAGACUAUGGAAGGAACUGUACCAAGGCUUUGACGCAACUUGGACCCUUUUUUUCACCCUCAUUUGUUUGGUUUGAGUGAACCCGCUUUCACAUCUUAAAAAUGCGUCGACUGUGCCAAAGGAAUACGGCUCUGGAUGUCGUGUUGCUGCUGUGUUCCGUCUCCUUUUUGGCUCCUUCCUCGGUCUCCUCCAUCUCAGUGAUGACCCCCCCAGAGCUCCAUGCAUCCAGAGGGGAGACCGUCACAUUGUCCUGCACUUUCACUUCAACCAGUAGGCCGACCAGUAAGAUGACCGUGGACUGGUCUUACAGGCCCCAGAGUGGAGGGCCGCCACAAACAUUUUUCCACUUCUCCUCACGGUCGUUCCCUCCGCUCGAGGGUCAGUUUAUGGGUCGUAUCAAAUGGCAGGGAAGCCCGGCACGUGGGGAAGCCUCCAUCUCUCUGAUCAACGCCACGUUGAAAGACAACGGGACGUACACAUGCUCAGUCAGGAACCCUCCGGACGUCCACGGCUCGCCGAAUUCACACACUGUCCUCAGUGUCACACCAAAGGCGCCCAGCAUUCGCUUCUCCGAUGUUGCUGUCCUGCUGGCUUUCAUCCUCCUCCCCUCGGCCGUCAUCACCCUCAUUCUGAUUGGGCGGAUGCUCUGCCCCAAGAAACAGCAUAACCAAUCAAAGGGCUACAGGUCGCCCAUAGAGGUCACGGAGGGGGAGGAGUACGGCAUCCACCCACCAGCGGGCAAAGCAAAGAAGACCAGCUGUUGUUACCUAUAUCUCAUGGACUCAGAGGAUGAAAACGGUUACAGCGACCUCACAAAGAGGCCCCCUGUGGAUGAAGGCUACGCUGAGUCUCAGUGCUAGAGGAACCCUGCUGGUUGGACGAUGCAACUGCAACAUCAAGACCUACAUGGUGCUCUAAAUAUGGGAGGCAUUGAAUGUUUAUGAAUGCUGAAUUCACAACCAAUUCCCAUAGUCAACCAACCACUUUGGAAUAAUGUGCAUGUGUCUGAAAUAUGCAUCUCACAUUUUGUAUUUAUACUUCAAAAUAUGUCAAUAAAUUGAUUUACUUUUUGUGUUCAAGCUCAUAAAAUGUCCUAAGUCUUCCUAAUAGUCAGUCCACUGUUUUCUCAUCGCAGUGCGCAAAGUCGAGGUCUAACCCCCACACUGCAGACCGUUAUGAGAAAUGAUCUGUUUAUUCUGUGUGUACAGGAAAAGCACACGGUUAUAUUUAGUUUCACCCUGAAUAUGCAAACACACAGAGGAGCACUACCUGUAUAUAUUUAUGUCUGGAUGAUUUAUUUGCGUCACUGUCUUAUUGUGAAGGAAUAUGUUUGUGUCUAAUUUAUUGCGUGUGUCACAUGAGCGGCUGUAUGACUUUUUGGUUGAUGUCUUUGUUUGAAUAUUUCUCUAAUAUUUGAACAGAAAAUCGUUAAUGAUUUUGGACAUUAACUGUGACAACUAAGAACUAUUUAUGCAAGAUAUUUUAUAUAUUUUCUACAUGUUUCAGUGUCUGUACAUUACUGUAUUAUGUCGUUAUUUCAAUAUCAGAAGUAAGCAUGUGUGUCACAUUAUUACCUUGCAUAUUUUGGGGACAUUUGCGUUUUGAUACAGCCGUUGAUGGAUGUGUUUCUUUUUUGUAAUUUGAAAUAAAAGUUUUGGUUUUGGCUGCA